AUGGCUGCUCUUUCUUCCACCUCCAACCCGGACGACCCCACCGCGAAGCAGACGGCAGAGGACGAGCAUCUGCUCGACGUCUCUGCGUUGAAGGAGCUGAGCAGGAAAUCCCUCAUCGACGCGCUGAAUGCGGUCAAUGGUGCCAAAACACUCGUCCUAGAUCCCACACUCGCUGGCCCGCUGGGUCUCGUUACGGAAGUUGCGCUGCUCAAGCACCAUGGUGUCGACAAGAUGUUCUGGCUGGAGCCAGGGCCUCUGUCUGCGACGACCACGAACAUCGUGUACCUGUGUCGACCACUGGUCAAAUGGGUCAAGAUUUUAGCAGACCAGCUCAAGCGGCACUCAAGGGAAGCCCAGAAGCACACUUAUACCAUCCUGCUGGUGCCUCGGAUGUCUACCCUUGUUUCUCGAAUAUUGGAGGAGGAAGGCGUCCUCGGGGACGUAACAGUAUCGUCCUAUAAUCUCCAAUUCAUCCCCCUGGCUGAGGACGUGAUUUCGCUGGAAUGUGACAACGCAUUCAAGGAACUCUGGGUUGAUGGAGACGAGACGGUGAUCUACAACUCGAUGCAAGCGCUCAUCACUCUCCAGAAACUGUAUGGCCUGUUUCCCCGGGUAGUAGGGAAAGGUGAUUACGCCGGUCGUCUAGCGAAACUCCUAACCCGCCAUAUCGUCGACAUUUCCUCAGGCGGCGGGCCCGCAGCACAGUCGGACAGGAUGGAUUCGCUCAUCAUCGUCGACCGAGGAGCCGACAUGAUCACGCCGCUGCUGACCCAGCUCACCUACGAAGGGCUGAUCGACGAGUUGAUCGGUAUAAAGAAUUCGCAUGUUGAACUUCCCGCGUCGCUUCUUACGCCCCCUUCGGCCCCCAAUCCGGUGGAACCUAGCGCAUCUACGAGUACCCAAGCCUCGACUCCGUCUGCGCCCUCGCUGCUGAAAGAGAAGAAGAAGAAGCACCAUCUCACGACUUCCACCGACCCGCUGCUCGCUGAGCUGAUGGAUCUCAACUUCUCCUCGGUGGGCAGGAAGCUUAAUCAAGUUGCACACAGACUUGACGAGGACUACAAGCUCAGGCAUCAGGCGAAAACGGUAGCGCAGUUGCGAGACUUCGUGGGUAAAUUGGGCGGAUUGCAAUCCGAGCACCAGUCGCUGAGACUUCAUACCGGUUUGUCGGAGAUGCUCGUCCCUCUGACUCGAACCGACCAGUUCAACAAGUCGCUGGAGAUACAACAGAACCUCCUGGCGUCCUACGACGUAUCAGCACAGAUCAGUGCAAUUGAGGAUAUGAUCGCUCAAGGUGCUGACAUGCAGCUUGUCCUGCGUCUGCUUUGUCUGGCCAGCAUCAUCAAUGGAGGCAUCAAGAGCAAGACUCUGGAGAACCUCAAGCGGGAAAUCCUGCAGGCGUACGGUUACGAAUACCUGCCUCUCCUUCUCUCCUUGUCGGCGCCAUCGUUAGCAAUAUUGCUGCCCCACCCGCUGCCAGCUUCCACCCCACCAUCUGUGCUAGCCUCAAAGUACCCGUACACGUCCCUCAGGAAGCCGCUCCGCCUCUUGAUCGAAGACCCGGACAGCGUAGACGAUCUCGAGAACGACAUCAGCUACGUCUACUCCGGGUAUGCGCCCGUCAGCGUCCGCCUCGUGCAGUGCGUCGCGCAGAAGGGCGGUGUCCUCAGCAACCCUGCUACGGAGAAAGAGAAGAAGGCAAAGGAUGAUCCCGACGGGAGGAAGGGGAAGGGCCCGUCUCUGGGCAAGGUACAGGCGCACCCCAUCGUCGGGUGGAAAGGCUUCGAGGACGUCGUCGGGAGCAUUCCUGGAGACACGGUAGAUAUCGUGCAGAAGGUCCCUGGAGGGCCAGAUAGCGUUAACACGGCAGUUGCCUCAUUGAUGGCUCCGAGGGAGCAGUCGGCAACGACGGUCGUAUUCUUCCUGGGCGGGUGUACGUACACCGAGAUCGCUGCCCUCCGAUGGGUGGGCCGGCAGAGUCGAGGCCGCAAGUUCUUGAUUGCUACGACGGGGAUCAUCAGCGGGGCGAGCCUGAUCGACAGCGUCGCGGGCAUCGAGCGCACAGCAGGCGGGUCGAAGGAUGCUGCACUGUAA